GGCGGAGCGCGCUCCUCCAGAGGUGGAACCAGCCCUGUGAGCGCCGGAACCUUCUGUCCGCACCCCUUCCUUGCCGGCCGGCACUUCGGUUGCACAGUUUUCCAAGCCUCGAGACUUAGUGAGCAGUUCUGAUGGCUGGGAAUAAAGGAAGAGGACGUGCUGCUUACACCUUUAAUAUUGAGGCAGUUGGAUUUAGCAGAGGUGAAAAGUUACCUGAUGUAGUAUUGAAGCCACCCCCACUAUUUCCUGAUACAGAUUAUAAACCAGUGCCACUGAAAACAGGAGAGGGUGAAGAUUAUGUGCUGGCCCUGAAACAGGAGUUGAGAGAAACAGUGAAAAGAAUGCCUUAUUUUGUAGAAACACCUGAAGAAAAACAAGAUAUUGAAAGAUAUAGUAAAAGAUAUGUGAAGGUGUACAAAGAAGAGUGGAUACCAGAUUGGAGAAGACUCCCUAGAGAGUUGAUGCCAAGAAAAAAAUGCAAAAAAGCAGGCCCCAAAUCCAAAAAGGCAAAAGAUACAGGCAAAGGCACUUCACUCACUAAUACUGCAGAUGUAUUGAAAAAAAUUGAGGAAUUGGAAAAGAGAGGUGAUGGUGAAAAAUCAGAUGAGGAAAAUGAAGAGAAAGAAGGAAGCAAAGAGAAAAGUAAAGAAGGUGAUGAUGAUGAGGAUGACAAUGCUGCAGAACAAGAGGAAUAUGACGAAGAAGAGCAAGAAGAGGAAAAUGACUACAUUAAUUCCUACUUUGAAGAUGGAGAUGAUUUUGGUGCAGACAGUGAUGACAACAUGGAUGAAGCAACCUAUUAGCUAUGAAAUUUCUCAAAAAAUAUUUUUAUGAUACAGCUUCUGAACAUUUGAACAGACUUGUUUUCUAUUUUAUUUCCGAUAAGGAAUGAGUAUUUUAUUUUUGUUCCUGUUUUGUUGGAAAGAUACUUGUUACCAAAAUAUUCAGAACCACUUUGAGUUUACACACUAGUUACCUUACCAAUUAGUCUCUGACAUUCCUUCUCAACACCUCUGUCAUCUCUCUAAUGUAUUCAAGUGGAUUUUUUUUUUUUUGGUAUUAUUUGGAUUAGAAUGUACCUAAAGAGUUUUUGCAUCUUUUAAUCUAUGUAUUCAUACUUAAACAAAUUUUUCUUGUUUAACUGCUGAUCUUUUCUAAAACUACUAGUCAUCGUAACGGAUUUCUAUAAUCUGAAAGUUGGUUUAAUACUGCACAUGGAGCACUUUAAAUACAAAGAAACUUGAAAAUAAUUUUAUUUUUUACUUUUACAUGGUAUGUUCUGUGCUACUAUAUUAUGACUACAUAAACCUACCUGAGCUCUUACAAGUGCAUAUUUUAUGAGAUUAAAAAUUUCGUGAUUGGAAACACAUGCACAAGGAAAAAUCCCAAUCUGAGCUAAAUAAAUUUCACAGCUUACAUCUCAACCAAUACAAAGGCCUGGGAUGAAUAUUAAAAAUACCUGAAUUGGAGGCUAACUUCAUACCAUACAAUAUAUGAAUUAAUCAUCCCACGGUAACAAGUUUGAUAUCUCUGAGUCAUUGGCUUAUGAAAAAUUAGACUGAGAUUUAAUUUUGUACUUUAUAAGAAUGUAGACUAGUCAUAUAAAUCUCAUUAAAGGAUGCAUGUAUGUGUAAUCUGUGAGGUGUAGUGGCCUCUGUUACGUUUCACAGGACUGAGCUCUCCAAUUGAUUUAUAUAACAAUGCAGAAUGAAACUCAGGUCACUUUGAAAUUUAGAUUAAUCUUUUUUGAUUCAUUUAAAAACUAGCUCCCCUGCCUUUUUGUAUUGGGGUGGGGGAGAGGAUAUCUAUAAACUUCAGCCUCCAAUGACUCACAUAUGCCAAAGAUUUUCAAGGAAAUUCAUAUUAUAUAUUUUAAAAAUGAUUUAUGAACAUCACCCACCAAAAGAAAUACAUUUUUCCCUCUUGGGAAGAUACCACCCAUUACCCUCUAACCUGAGAAUCAGAAGCCCUAGAUUCUAUUUCUACCUUUACUAUUAAACUCAACCUUGAAAUUGAGCUUAAGUUUUCUGUGCCUUAGUUUCUUCAUUUGUAAACAAUUUUCUAUAAAAAUUGUUUAAACUCUAACCAAAGUUUACCAUAUGUAUUCAUUCUCUCACCUUGUAGAAAUGAUCAUUCUUAAUUUAAAUUUGGUUCUCACCCUUUAAAAAAUUGUAGAUGGUAAAGUGAUUGAAAACAGCUUUGAGAAACAAACAUGUUUUCCUCAUAAAAUAUAUUAUAAUCUGAUUUUCCCAUCUUAUUUUCUGGUGGGAAAAAUUGGAGAAAAUGUGUAUUGUCUUGUGCCAUUUUGUAACAUGGCUUUCUCAGGAAAAAGAUCACUUUCAAUUGUAAUAUUUCCUCAGAUAAUUCAGUAUGUGUGUGAGGGCCGUUAUUCAGUAUUGUGCUGAUCCUAUGUGAUUUCUUAUUUAAAGGAGCUUAUCAAUAACGUUAAAGAUUCUAAAUGGAAAACAUGAAUAAAACACUCUAAAGUAUUAGCAAUCUACCGUACUUCUUAGAGUAGAAUCCUCAGUUUUCAGUUGUAAUGGGCAAGUAGUCAUUUAGGAUUGAUAAUUAACAUAAGUUUCUUAAUCUCUCACCUCCUUAGUACUACAGCCAAAUACAAUUUAAUUUAUAGAAAGCUUAUCUUUAUGGUUCUGUUUACUUGCUUUAUUAUACAUCUGAAGAUAACACUUAAAUUGGGCAACUACACCAAAGAUACAGGAAUCUUUUCCUGGCUUUCAAUGUGUUGCCACCAUUUUAGUCCUGCAGAUGGUAAAGCAUCUCCUAUGGGCAAGGAUUUCCCGGGAAGGCCCCAGCCAUCUCCGUUAAGUGCAUUGUCUUCCUCCUUUGGAAGAUCUUUUUAUGUUUAAAGUAGACUAAUUGUGAGAACAGGCAGAAAGUAUUUGCAGGUUGCUUUACCAGCAUGAAUCUUGUUUUUCUGGCUUAAAAUCUCAGAGAAUGCUAAAUUAUUCUAUAAUAAGGCAAGCUUUAAUACAGAGAUUAACCUCAUACUUGUUGGUGAAGUAUCUUUAAAAUUUCUAUAUAAGAUGCAAAACUGUUUUGUUGCUCUAAUGCUUAUUUUUCUGUAUUUGUUUACACAUUAAAUUCUUACAAUAGUGUCCUUUUGUUUUAUAUUGUUUUCUUUGACCCUGAUGAAAUAUAU